GCAGGGCGCAGGGGGCGCAGCGGGGCCAGCGGCGAGCGCGCGCUCGGGGCACCUGCAGGGGCGUGGACGCCGCCACCGGGAAACGAAACCGUCAGACCUCGGCGGCGCAAGGUCGCUCCGAGGUUCCGGGGCCUCGCCCUUGGCAGCAUCCGGGCAGCAUCCGCACGCGGCGGCCACAGAACUCUCUAAACCAUGGAAAAACAAAAUGGGCAAAUGGAUGCUCCUCAUCCAGGGACAAAUCUACCAUCUGGACAUCCCCCUGAAUAUCCUUCAGCAGCAUUCCAAGGGCCUCCAGGACAUAUGGGCUACCCUGGCCCUCAGGUUGGCUAUCCUGGCCCUCAGGUUGGCUAUCCUGGCCCUCAGGUUGGCUAUCCCGGCCCCCAGCCUGGCUAUCCUGGCCCCCAGCCUGGCUAUCCCGGCCCCCAGCCUGGCUAUCCUGGCCCUCAGGCUGGCUACUCAAUUCCACCAGCUGAUUAUUUAGGUGCUGGCCCAGUAGGCUUUCCUGUCCAACACCAGCCAGUGUAUAAUCAGCCAGGUGGACCUGCAGGGGUACCAUGGAUGCCAGCACCACCACCUCCAUUAGACUGUCCACCUGGAUUGGAAUAUUUAAGUCAGAUAGAUCAAAUACUGAUUCAUCAGCAAAUUGAGCUUCUGGAAGUCAUAACAGGUUUUGAAACUAAUAACAAAUAUGAAAUUAAGAACAGCUUUGGACAGAGGAUUUACUUUGCAGCAGAGGAUACGGAUUUCUGUACCCGAAAUUGCUGUGGAGCUUCUAGGCCUUUUACCAUAAGGAUUCUUGAUAAUAUGGGCCAAGAAGUUAUAACUCUGGAGAGACCACUAAGGUGUGGCAGCUGUUGUUGCCCUUGCUGCCUUCAGGAGAUAGAAAUCCAGGCUCCUCCUGGUGUACCUGUAGGUUAUGUUAAUCAGACCUGGCAUCCAUGCCUGCCAAAGUUUACAAUUCAAAAUGAGAGGAGAGAGGAUGUGCUAAAAAUUACAGGUCCGUGUCUUGUAUGCAGCUGUUGUGCAGAUGUUGAUUUUGAGAUUAAAUCUCUUGAUGAAGAAAAUGUGGUUGGCAAGAUUUCCAAGCAGUGGACUGGUUUGGUGAGAGAGGCAUUUACAGAUACUGAUAACUUUGGCAUCCAGUUCCCUUUAGAUCUUGAUGUGAAAAUGAAAGCUGUGAUGCUCGGUGCAUGUUUCCUCAUCGACUUCAUGUUUUUUGAAAAGAGUGGAAAUAACGAAUAAAAAGGAAUGUGGCAGUGGAUUAAUGAAAGUCUCCUCAGAAUGCAUGAAGUCUGUAUAUUGAUUGGGACUAUGUAAAAGAAAAGCUCACUUUUUUCCUUUAUUGAAAUGAGUUAUAGCAUAUGUGAAUUAUACUGUGAUGCCUGAAGCUCUUGUUAUAUGACAUGACUUUUCAAAUUAUGAAUUGAUUUUCUGUAUCACUUACUGAUAAAUGUUUUUAUGCAUUUUCUUUUAUUUCAUACAUGUUCUUUUUCUUUGUGCAUUUUGGAGAAAGGACAUGGGAAUUUUUACAUUUAAUCAUGAAACCUCUCAUGUAAAUUGUUUUGAACUAUGAUCUCUUUUAUUUUCAAUUUUUGUAGAAAAUUAAAGCCUUAUUAAAGUAAUUUUAAUAUAAAA